CCCUCCGUUCAUCUCCUGUGAUUAAUUUUCAGUGGAUGGUAAUCAGUUUUAGAAGAAAUUCGUUUAAUGACUUGAAGAACAUCAGAAAAAAAUGUUAUAUUGGAACGACCAGGGUUAUAUUAUAUUGGAACAACCAGGGUCAGAAGUCAAAAAUCAACGAUAUUCAGUCAGUACAGUGGCAGAGAGGGUUUGCAUUAAUGCACUUUAGUGAAGAACAUGAAUCUUUUAAAUCAUAUUCUGACAUCAUUUAAUGACCGUGACCAACAGUGCUUUGUGACAUAAAACACAAAUAUCUUGAGAGGUACAUGGCAGGAUUUGGAGACAAACUCAUGGACAUUUUAACGGCAUCAGCAACUUUGCGAUGACAGGACAAUACCGACAUUUUCCACCUUUGUAUAUGGGAGGGCAGGAAGGUGUAGUAAUUUUAACUGGAAUGUUCAGGUUACAAGUCGAGAAGAAGGAAAUAAGAGAAUAAACAAUUCUGAACGUAAAUAUAAAAGCGUGUGGAGUUAUUUUAUUUGCUUCUGCUGUUGUUUUGCAAGGCAAAACGGGGGUAUCUAAAGAGCCUGAGAAAGCUCAGCGCUCGUUGUUAUCGCAUGUUCACACGGUAUCCAUGUAACGUUGAUAGGGGCGGAAGAAAAAAAGAAACUAAAAGUCUGCGGGGCGGAAAUAAGCCAUGCGGAAAACGCUCGAUAGACGCUCUGGUUAGUUGUAGGAGGCAAGUAAUCCACAAGUGGAAGCAACACUGUGAGCUGGCUGUUUGCUCAAUCGGUGCUUUAACGUCUUUGGGUGCUUGCAGUUUUAUGGGGUGAGAAUUAUACCUUAUGCAGAGGCCACCUUCACAGUUCACAGCAUUUCCAAGGACUAAAUAUCAGAAUAAUAAAAAAUGGAACAGGAACAAUAACAAGCUGAGAGUUGACCUCUGCAAGAAUGUUGUAUGUUUGGGAUUCUAUCUUUUAAAGGCCAAGUUUUACAUUCUGCGUAUUCUUCAUACCUCAGUACAAGGCAAGAAAUCAUGGAGUCUAAAAUGAAAGUACCCAAUGUCAGCAUUCCCAGUUCCAAUGAGCACCGUGAAAAAAGGAAACGGUAUACUGUUUACAAAGUUAUGGUUUCAGUUGGCAGAAAAGAAUGGUUUGUUCUUAGACGGUAUGCUGAAUUUGAUAAACUGUAUAACACGCUAAAGAAACAAUUUCCCAAUAUGAAUCUGAAGCUUCCUGCUAAAAGAAUAUUUGGAGACAACUUUGAUCCAGAUUUCAUCAGACAGAGACGUGCAGGACUAAAUGAAUUUAUUCAGAGGAUAGUUACAGAUUCUCAGUUAUGUAAAUUCCCUGACGUGAGGGAGUUUCUUCAGAUGGACAAUCCAAGGCAUUUUUCAGAUCCUUCUGAAGAUGAUGAAGAAAAGGGUGAUCUACAGGAAGAUUCUGCCUCUAGAAACAUUAACUUGGGACCAUCUGGAAAUCCUCAGGCUAAGCCUACAGACUUUGAGUUCCUGAAGGUCAUUGGGAAAGGAAGUUUUGGAAAGGUGUAUCUUGCCAAACGGAAAUGGGAUGGAACAUUUUAUGCGAUUAAAGUUUUACAGAAGAGAAUGAUUUUGAACAGAAAAGAGCAAAAACACAUCAUGGCUGAGCGCAAUGUCCUUGUCCAAAAUGUGAAGCAUCCUUUCUUGGUUGGGUUGCACUAUUCAUUCCAGACAUCAGACAAGCUGUAUUUCGUUUUAGAUUUUGUUAACGGAGGAGAGUUGUUUUUCCAUCUACAAAGAGAACGCUUCUUCUCCGAAGAAAGAGCUAGGUUUUAUGCUGCUGAAAUUGCCAGUGCCUUGGGUUAUUUGCAUUCCAUUAAAAUAGUUUACAGGGACUUGAAACCAGAAAAUAUACUCUUAGAUGCAGAAGGGCACAUCAUCUUAACAGACUUUGGACUGUGCAAGGAAGGAAUUGCAUCAAGUGAUACAACAUCAACAUUCUGUGGAACCCCAGAAUACCUGGCUCCAGAAGUGUUGCUGAAGCGACCAUAUGAUAACACAGUAGAUUGGUGGUGCCUUGGAUCAGUUCUCUAUGAAAUGCUUUAUGGCCUUCCUCCCUUUUACAGUCGUGAUACUGCUGAAAUGUAUGAUAACAUUCUUCACAAAACACUGACAGAGAGACCAGGAAUAAGUCUUUUAGCGUGGUCAAUUCUUGAAGCUUUGCUAGAAAAAGACAACCACAAGCGACUUGGUGCCAAAGAAGAUUUUCUUGAAAUUUCAAGACACACUUUCUUCGAUGUUAUUAAUUGGGAUGAUCUGAUUCAGAAAAAGAUUCCACCACCAUUUAAUCCCAAUGUGUCCAGACCUGAUGACAUUGAGAAUUUUGAUGCAGAAUUCACAGACGAGCCUGUCUCUCAGUCAGUUUACAGGUGUACAUCUGAUCGAGCCAAAGUAAAUGCUAGUGUACUGGAAGCAGAUGAUGCUUUUGUUGGAUUUUCCUAUGCACCACCAGCUGAAGAUUCAUUUCUAUAGAAUGAUUUCUAUCUGCAAUUAUGGUUUGGAUCAAAACAUUGAGAAUUAUUUUAGAGUCACCAGUAUGCCCAAUAUUUUGGCCAUUUUUGAUGUUAUUUUUUUAAAGAGAAGCAGUUCACCUAGACCAUCUAACUGGGUGGCAGCCUUUUUCUUCAAGGACUGGAAUAGUAAAAGUGGAGAUUUGAUGUGGCACAUGCAUAACAAAUAAGCAUUAAAUACUCAUCUUUAUGUAUGUAGAUACCAAGUAACUUUUGCAUUCUGUAACCUAUUUAAAAAAAUGAUGUUUAUAUUUCUGCUUUGUAAGAUUUUCUACACUUGUGCCAAACUGCAGGGUUUCUUCUAUGCUUUAAUUAAUUUCUUGUGGAGAUUAGUAUUAUGUAAAAAAAAAUCUGAGAAGCCCUUUUGCUACACAUGACUUUAUAGAGCCAUUACGUGCCUGUUCUCUUAGCCAUUGUAGUUAAGACAUCUCAAUUUAACAGUUGUACUUUCCUCAGUUUCUCAUUAAACUAACUGUGAAAUACAAUUACAUAACUGAACUUCUCAGCUCACUUCUUUAGGCUACAAUAGCCAUUCUAGUCACAAAACAAAACAAAAACAAAAAGUAUAAAAUGGUGAAGAAUGUAGGAAGAGACUACAUAUACAACUGAACAGCCGGACAUUUAUUUGUUCAGUUUAUCAUCCUUCUUUCACUCUUCAUUUCUUUGAUCAUAUUAAACCAAAUAGAGCAUGGGAUAUUCCCCUUUCAAGUUUACUGAGCUUUUUCCAAACAGUUUUUAGGAACAGUAAUCUAACUUUUGAUAAAAAAUAAAAACAUCAUUCAGCUAAUAGACCCUUGUAGAGUUAUAGAUAAUUUUAUCAUGCAGUAGUUUAGUAUUUCUUAUAAUUGUUUAAAAAUAGCAUUCUAGAUUGAAAGGAUACACUCCUGCUCUUUUUACUGUCUGUAGCUGGUUUUCACAAAAUAUCAGAGCAGAGGCAAAGAAUAAUCACAAAAUUUAAAGGCGCAGAAGAAUGUACUAGUCUACCUAAACUGCUCUUUUUUCUGUUGCAUAAGCAGGUGAUUCUAAAUAGUGUACCUGCCUUCUGCCCUUCCACUAAAGCUGCCUUUGAAUGUUAUAUAUAGUCAUGAGUUACCAUUUGUUGGUACUGUUUACUUAUAGCUAUCAGACAUAACUUAUUUAUGUAUCUUAUCUGGAAUGUGAAUGUCAGUUACACCCAGUAACUAUCAGAAAUCAAUGACAUUUAAGUGUAGUAGCCCUAACUUGUAAACUGUAACCCCAACCCUAAAACUAACACUGACACUAAAAUUUGUUAUGUAACCCUUACCAUAAAACCAUAUCCACACCAUUAAAAAUUAAUUGCUAACUCUAAAACCGUAUCCCCAAUCCAACCCAUAAAACUGCUCUCUAGCCCUGAUCCCACAACUUUAAUUUCAGAUAUUAAGGUAAAGUGACUGAUUUUGUUUCAUGCACCUUACGUUUUUACCCCUGAAGCAGUACACUAUUCACAUUAUUGGUGUUACUCACAGUUAUGUGACUUCUGCACAGCUUCUAGUCACUAGCUCAAAGUAACAGCUUCUAGUCACUAGCUCAAAGUAACAGUGGGACCAAUUUGUCUACUGCACUCUGUGAAAAAAAAAAUACUUAUUAGACAAGCUCCUAGACACAAGGACCAGAAAGUGGGAAAUAGCUGGUUUACUGCUUAUGGCUUCAAUGUUAAAAUAUCUUCUCAAAUUUUAUAUUGCAUAAUGUAAUUUGUGAUGUAUUGUCCCUAUGUUGCACCAGGAUUUGCUGCUUUAUCUAUAUAAACAGAGUGUUAACAACUCACAGUGCAGCUCAAGAGAAAUAGACAUUUUAAGAUAAUCUAAAUGAAGUUCCAAAUAGCUGCUAAUAUAUUGGUCAAUUUUGUAUUACAUUUUUAAAAUGACUUUAAAUACAUUAGUUUCCUGAACUAUGAA